AUGCCGUGGUUCCCCCUCAAUAUCGACGAUGAUGCCGUCUCCUGGCACUUCGAUAUUGUUGGUUUACUAGCAGUUGUCGGAGGGUCUGCAAUACGAAAGAAUUCCCUGGCAAUGACCGCAUCGUGGCUGGGUAGUUUUCCACGUCUCUUGCCAGCUCCUGAAACAAUGCUUGAUCCCGAUCGUCCACGAAUGCUACGACUCCCCGGCACCAACGAUGUCACUGUUGUCGGUGCUCAUUCCGGUUUUAAGUAUACUGAGCUAGACCUUUUCGCCAGCUCAAUUCACCGAGUCGAAUCCCUCGAUCCAUAUCAGUUCCAAUGCUUUCGAGUCACCUAUAAGGGAAAGGACGAAGAGCAUAAUACUGCGCCGAGCGCUAAUAUCCCACUCUAUACGUUUUGUCCGCUUAACAUCUUGACCAUUGCUUCGAUUGUGAUUACAAUCGCACUGUUUGUUUGGGCUGGCAUUGAAGGUGAUGCUGUCGCUCUACUUGGCCUAGGGACUAUGUCGUUGUCCACCAGUAUGGCAUGUUUGUCCACCCAGUGGAAGCCGGAUAUUCCAGUGCGUAGGGUCCGCUUCUGUUUCCCCAACCAUGACGUGGUGAUUAGGACGCGCAACGGUGCCUUCAUUACUGUGAAGUGCUCAGAGGAAAUUGUACGCGAGUUAUAUUCAGGAAAGCACCUCUAUUACUAUAUCUUCGGCGAGCGGGUACAGUUUUCCUGA